GUGUCGAAGUACUUCCUAUGAGUGUGUGGGAGGGUGUGAAUGACAGGCAGCCCAAGUCCACAUGUGAGCAUAAAGACAAAACCACACAAGCUUGCGGUAGAGUAAAGGUGAAGACAUGGCAGAGCCUGAGCAGAUCCGAGAGGGCUACCUGGUCAAGAAGGGCACUCUGUUGAACACUUGGAAGGUGGUGUGGGUGAUCCUGUCCGAAGAUGGCAUUGAGUUUUACAAGAAGAAAACAGACCAGUCUCCAAAAGGAAUGAUCCCACUGAAGGGAGCCACGCUGACCAGCCCCUGCCAGGACUACAACAAAAGAACAGUGGUGUUUAAGGUCACCACGGAGAAGAAACAGGACCACUUCUUCCAGGCGUCCCAUGUGGAGGAGAGGGAGGCGUGGGUGAAGGACCUGAAGAGGGUGCUGAGGUGUCUGGAGGCGGGCAAGAAGUUCGCCCGUAAGUCCACCCGCAAAUCCAUCCGCCUGCCCGAGACCGUCAACCUCAGUCAGCUGUACGCUGUGAUGAAGGACCAGGACGACGGCAUUAAGGAGAUGAGGCUAGAACAGGACAACAAAGUGUACAACCACUGUUUCACUGGUGCGACUGUGGUGGACUGGCUCAUCUCCAAAGAAAAGGCGAGGAACAGACCUGAAGCCCUGAUGCUGGCGACAGGUCUGCUCACCGAGGGCUUCCUCCAGCCGGCAGGAGACACGUCCAAGGAUGGGGCCCAUUGCGCAGAGAGGUCUGUGCUGCUCGAUCAGACGGAGGCGCUAUACUACUUUGCGGACAGUGGCUUCUUCUGUGAGGGCUACUCCAGUGAUGAAGACAUACUGGUGAAGGAGGAGUUCAGAGGAAACAUCAUCAAACAAGGGUGUCUACUCAAACAGGGACACAGAGUAAAGAACUGGAAAGUGCGUAAAUUCAUUCUCCGUGACGACCCAGCCUAUCUCCAUUACUAUGAUCCCACAAAGGAGGAAGAUGAACCCCUGGGCUCCAUUCACCUGCGCUCUUGUGUGAUUACAGCAGUGGAUUACGUCCCCGAUGCUAAGAAGUAUGAUGUAGAGGGGAACCUAUUUGAAAUCAUAACAUCAGAAGAGACGCAUUACUAUUUACAAGCAGCAACAAGCGAUGAACGAAAAGAAUGGAUCACAGCGAUACAGAGUGUGUCCAAAAGUGGCAAAUAAAAAUAUACGUAAAUUCAAUAUGAGAUUAUAAUAUAUGAAUGAAUAAAAAUGAAUAAAAUUGAAAUCACCUAAUGUAUUCUCAGUAUAUGAUAUAGGGAUAUAUACUAAAGAGAAUUGGACCAAUAUGCUUUUUUUUUUUUUUUUGCAUGGCAGUCUAAUCCAAAGAAACCAAUGGAUGACCAAAGAAACAAAUGGAUGAUAUGCUUUGACUGAUAUUUUUCGGCCAAUAUUCUGGGUCGAUUUUGAAUUAUAUAAUUUUUUUUUUUUUUUUUACAAGUCCUAUAAACCUAUAAAAGAGCUGUGUGGUCACAUUUUGUGCAAUUCUCUGUGUUAAAAUAAAACUUUGUGUAUUUUUAGACAGCGUUGACCAAAACAAAAUAUUGGUGUGUGCUGAAAAUGUAAGGCUGAUAGCUGAUACACUAAAAAGUUUAUCUAUCUUAACAAGACAGUAAAUGUUUUGUACUUAAAGGUGCAUGGUGUAACUUUUCUGGUGGAGGAGCUGUCAAAUGCUUGUCUCCAUGGAGAUAGUAUUAAACCUUUCUGUCCUACUGGAGACCAAACCAGCACAAGUUACAGGUCAGAUCUGUGGAGAGGCAACCCCACUCACAGACAGAAAAACAACUUGUUUUUCUAGGUAUUUUUGAGCUUUAAAACCAUCUGUAAUUGAAUAAAUGUAAGGUAAAGCUGUUUAAUGUCAUACUGUGGAACAUUUUAAGCAAAGCAAUGACAUAUUUAUAGAAACAAGCGACGAGACGGACCCUCAACCAAAAAGUUACAUAGUGCACCUUUAAAUACACCUUGCUUGAUCUUAAUUGUCUUAAAAAUGUAAAUCCAAUUUAUUUAUUCAAUUUUCUUUCAACUGUAAGACACCAGAGAGUUUGCCAUGACGGUACAGCUAACAACAGCUGGCAUGCUAAUGUGCACUUCCUGAUUAUUGGAGAAUAAAAUGCUUUUUAAUAAA